AUGCAUGGUGGAAGGAUAAACCAAGUGUACCUGAAAACAUUGAACAAAGGUAACAUCAGAAGUGGGAAUACAAAUGAAAUAUACAAUUAUUAUACAACGUUGACAUCAUUUGGACUGGAACCAACCUUAAGUGACAAUCAAACCAGUUUUUGGGUAAAGUCAUGUCGCGAUACCUGUAUCCUAUUGUCCGAUACAGAGAACUUAACAUCAAAUGUUUUCUAUGAGAUAUGUUUUGCACAAAUCAAUAGAAUAUUGAACAUCUGGCGAGGAAACGAAGACGGUACUACAAAAGAAUUGGGAAAUUUGUUGAAAACGUCUCUUCUCAAUUGUACUGGUGGAUUUUCCAACAUUUGGGUCAUCUGGGAUCAUGAUCAGAUUUCUAUUGGAGUAGAUUCUGAGAUUUCUGAAGAGAAAAGUCUACUCAUCGCAACUGAUUAUCAACCAUUCAACAUACGUGGAGUUGGAAUAAUAACAACAUUCAAUAUUGAUGGUAUAUGGAAACUUAACAUUGAAGCAAAUCCUUCAGGAUAUUUCUGUGGUGUGUCCAACACUAGAGCAUCAAUGACCCUGUUAAGUGUAUCAACACAGGAGAUCAGAACCUUUUGUGCUCUAGAAUGUGACAGGAGCGAUGAUUGUCUUGGGUUCAAUUACCGUACAACAGGAACAAAGAACUGUGAGAUUAUUGACGGAGCACAACUUGUGGUAACGGAGUCUGCUAAUGAUUGGAAGUUCUACUCUAAAUGUUUACAGGACAAAAACAUUUGUUUGUCAUGUCGUGUAUACUAAGUUGAGAAAGACAAAAUGUUCAAAACAAUUCAUGUAACAGAUGGACAUAAGUGUUAUCGAUCAAUAUGCAUGUACAAAUGAAAAUACUUACGUACGAUUAAAAAAGUAUAUACAUUUACACUAUUUAUGAUAGGUGUGUGAAUACCACUUUUUUACAAUAUAGAUGUAUGUUUACUAUAAUGAGGCUUAUUCGUGUUGAACAUUAUUUAAGAUUUAUUUGAUAGCUUAAUUAACUUGUUGAUAUGCUUUUUGGAAAUACACUUUUAUGAUACAUAUUUAAUGUUAAUGGCAUGUGCUGAAGAAAAAAGCAAAACAAGUGAAUAAAAGUUUUAACAAAGACAAAAUAACCAAUCGUCUUAUUAUAAAAAAAAAAAAACUCAUGAAGAUUUAGAUUAAAAGUGAACUUAACAAAAAAAACUAAAUUUGACGUUUCAGCAGUAACCAAGCAGGCACUCAACGUUGAUUCAACGUUGAAACAGUGUUGUAUCUCAACGUUGAAACGAUGUCAAAUUUAUGUUGAUUUUGAAAAUUUU